GGAGAAGGUUCUGGAACUUCGUUGCCAGGGUGGAGGAGGGGGGAGAGUCGAACUUUAAUUUGUAAGUCGAUUAAACCAAAGGUUUAUAGCGCCCGUACAGUUUUCUUGAAGUGUAUAUUCUAAUAGGAAACGUGUGGUGUAACGCUCCGCGUUUUGGAUUCCUUGGGAAAAGUGCCUGAAUUAUAAAGUGUGUCUUUAAGCAAAUCGGGUUAGAGAGAGCGGUCCGGGUGGGAGGUGGAGGUGGUGGGGUUGAUGUUGUUGCGCAAGAGGGUUCUCGAAGGUUUUUCAAGAUCCUGCACAGUAAGGCAGCAAUGGUGAAAGAAACCGGGUAUUAUGACGUGCUGGGUGUUAAACCCAAUGCCAGUGCUGACGAGCUGAAAAAAGCCUACAGGAAGCUGGCGCUGAAGUAUCACCCAGAUAAGAACCCGAACGAAGGAGAGAAGUUCAAACAGAUUUCCCAGGCAUAUGAAGUUCUGUCAGAUUCCAAAAAGAGAGAGCUGUAUGACCGUGGAGGUGAACAGGCCAUCAAAGAGGGAGGAAUGGGCGGCGGUGGAUUUGGCUCGCCAAUGGACAUCUUUGACAUGUUCUUCGGGGGAGGCGGAAGAAUGCACAGGGAGAGGAGAGGGAAAAAUGUGGUUCAUCAGCUGACGGUUUCUUUGGAAGACCUCUAUAACGGAGCCACAAGGAAGCUUGCUGUGCAGAAGAAUGUCAUCUGUGACAGAUGUGAAGGACGCGGGGGCAGGAGAGGGGUAGUGGAGUGCUGCCCCAUGUGCCGCGGGUCAGGCAUGCAGGUGCGGCUCCACCAGAUUGGGCCAGGGAUGGUGCAGCAGAUCUCCACGAUAUGUGUGGGCUGCCAAGGCCAGGGCCAGCGCAUCAGCCAGAAAGACCGGUGCAAGGCCUGCAAUGCAAGGAAGAUUGUGCGGCAGAAGAAGAUCCUGGAAGUGCACAUCGACAAAGGCAUGAAGGAUGGGCAGAAGAUCACCUUCCAUGGGGAGGGCGAUCAAGAGCCGGGGUUGGAGCCAGGAGACAUCAUCAUUGUCCUGGAUCAGAAAGUGCACCCUGUAUAUACAAGGCAAGGAGAAGACUUGAUCAUGAACCUUGAGAUAAAGUUAGUAGAGGCACUCUGUGGUUUCCAAAAACCCAUUAAAACCCUAGAUGACAGAAUUCUUCUACUAACCUCACAUCCAGGUGAGGUAAUUAGACCUGGCGAUCGCAAGUGCAUUAUGAAUGAGGGAAUGCCAUUUCACCGCAGACCUUUUGAGAAGGGUCGUCUCAUUGUUCUCUUCACGGUGAACUUUCCAGAAGAGAACUUUCUCCCACUGGACAAACUGACACAGCUGGAGAGAUAUUUACCUGAGAGGGAAGAGACUGAUGACACCGAGAACAUGGACGAUCUCUAUAUCUAUGCAGACCUGGAGGACUGUGAUUUGUCACAAGAAAGGCCACACUUUGAUGACGAUGAAUACCAUUCCUCUGGAGGUGUGCAGUGCCAAACCUCUUGAGGCAUACGUCAAGACCGCCAUUGGAGAACUGGCUUAACCCUCCUGUCAGCUAUACUUUAUGGAUGUUCAGUGAAGGACAAAAUGAAACAUAACAUAAUUGUCGCAGAAAUGGCACAAAUGUGUAACUUCUACCUUUUUUGUAAAGGAAAAUAAGUCAGAGUUACCACAUUUUUUAAGAUUUUUUUUUAAACUACAUAUGGUGGAAGUUGCACUGUAUGAUGUCCCAUCAAUUGCCAUGGACAUAAAAAAUCAAUUAUUUUAUUCAUGUUAGGUCCCUGACCUUGGUUUCAAAUGCCUGAUGGGAAUUUAGUCAUAUGUCUGAGUAUUGCUGUAGGUUAAGCUAACAGGAUGCAUCAUAUUCUUUUUAAGUAACUUCUAAGGUUGAUACCCAAGACAAGGUACAUGUUGGGGUAGACUACGAAAUGCUGUAAUAAGAAUCUCCUGGCUGCUUAUUUGGUAGGGAGAAGAAUGGGGCCCUGUGUUCCAUUAACUGGGGAAGGUAGGUAGAGCUGAAGCUGUACAAUGGACUGUCCCUGCCUCUAUGAUUGUGUGCUUCAGGCAGAAAGCAUUUCUUAUAAGACAUUCUUGUGUCAUAAAUCCAUUUCAUCUUGCAAGUGAGAUCUAAUGUGAGCCCGAGGUUAUCGGUAUAGUCCAAGGAUAGUGGACAUUGUUUUAGGUUUUUCAAGGUAACACUUUAGCAGGCAUUUAUUCUAAAUAUCACAUUCUUGUUCCUUAAACCAUUGGAUGCAUUUGGGUACUAAAUCUAGUGCCAAAUCUUUGUUCAUGCAAUAACACUUUUUAUUUUAACCAUAUUGCAAAAUGCCAGUCAGAUGUGCAUAAGUGUGAGAAUUACAUUUGUAAAACUAAGCUGGAAAUGCUCUUUUUUUGUACUAAGAAUAUAGAUAUCACAGUUAAUCAUUUAAGAGCUUUUCAGUUUUGCUCCCCUUGAGUAAUAUGUAUGUCACACAAAUUACUUAUUUUAAUUAUGUACUUUUAUUUCCAUCUUUAGUCCAGAUGUGGAUGCCCUUGUCUUAAAGUAGAUGUGUGGCAGGCUUCAGGGUCUGAGAUUAUGCUUAACUUCUUCAAGAAUAUGUGAUAGAGUGCUUGGAAACAGGUCUUAAUUUUUAUUCUGUCCUUGUAAAUUAGACUUGAGUGGUUUUAAAUGUUAUUUUUUCAAGUUUACACACUGUUCUCCAUGAAAUAUGAAUGGUGUAAGGUUAAUGUCUCUUCUUUAAGCAAUGGAGGUGCUGAAUUGUGCUUUAUCACUUCUAACAGGUCUUGAUUUGUGGAGUACUGGAGUGGAAGUUGAACUUACAGUUCAAAAAUGUUUUAUCUUACCAGCUUGAAUGGCCUUGUGAAUUCUUACUUGAUAAGUAAGAACUGUUUCUAAGCUCUGCUGUAUCACAGAAUUUGUCAGCUUUAGGUAGGACCGAGUAUUUCAUUGUUUGGAUUUGUAUAUAAUUCUAAUUAAAAUUAAGCACAGUUUA